AAAGCACCAUCAGCAGUGACGUUCCAGAGACUCCUUCUCCGUGCCUCUGGGGCAUGUGCCACUGCUGACCGCCUCGUCCUCCUGGCACUCCUCAGAGUCAGCCACAGCCUGCUUUCAGUCCUCCGUCACUCUGUCUGCUCCUCCUUCGGCUCUUGCUAGUUCUUCUUUCCCUUCGUAACACUUAAGGGUCCUCCCAGUCUCGAGAUGAGCCUCAUCCUCAGAAACCUCCAGAGCGUCGUCCCCAUUCGGAGGGUCCCACUUCGGGCCAGAAUCGAGGUCCUCCGGCACAUCCUUGGCAUCCGGCAGUUCGACCUGGGCGUGAUAUGUGUGGAUGACAAAGGCAUUCAGCGCCUUAAUAGAACGUACAGGCAAAACCCCACUCCCACUGACGUGCUUUCCUUUCCUUUCCAUGAGAACCUGAGGGCAGGGGCGGUGCCUCAGCCGGAGUGCCGGGAUGACUUCAACUUGGGAGACGUCUUCCUAGGAGUGGAGUACAUCUUCCGGCAGUGCCAAGAGAACGGUGAAAACUACUGUGAUGUUCUGACAGUGACGACGGCUCACGGGCUUUGCCAUUUGCUCGGGUACAAGCACAGCACAGCAGCAGAAUGGCAAGAGAUGUACCACAAAGAAAAGGUCACUCUUGAAGCGCUGAACGAGGUCACUGGGACCAGCCUCCAGCCACUGACCAAGAACCUCUUUGGAUAAUGCCCUUUGUGGAUCAGUAGCAGCUGCCCCCACCCAGAAGAAACCAGUCUAGCCUGGAGCUCAGGCCACGAUGGCCAGAGAGCGUCCUCCAGGAUGCAGAGUGACCCGAAGGGAAGGGAGAGAGACGGUGACCUGGAAGGAGGUCAGAGAAGUGGAGGGAAGCGAGGGAGAGUGGGGGCCCCCAAAGCUGUGCCCUGUGAGGAGAGGCCUCAGCUCAGGGAGCCCCGCCAGUGAGGGCCGGCCUUCCGGCCACACCAAGAUGACAAUCAGGGAUUUCUUUCAGGAAAGUCAGUUCCAGGGUCUUGUGGGACCCUGGGGCAUCUGUAAACGGUUAAAUUCCCUUCAUCUGCCCAAGUGACUAAGCCAGGGGACAGAAAGCGCCAGUGCAGGGAUAAGACGAAGCCUGUCCUGGCACAGGAAGCUUCUAACUUGUGGGCGUGCCUUUAUUUCAUAACUGGACCCCGCAUCCCAACGGUUCAGACGUUGAGUCUACCUGCAGGUCCCUCAAUUCUAUGAAACGUUUGGGGAAGGGGUAACAUGGCAUUAAAGGUUUGCACACGUUUCUUGAACUCCA